CCACCAAUUUUGCUUCUGCGUCGUUUCCAGAGGUGGAUAGGAGGGGAGUUCGAAUUCUGCGGCUGUUAUCGUCAUGAAACUCUGCCAUGGUUUGGUGUGGAAUUCGACGUCGUUGUUGCUGAAUCCGGCGUUGUCGCGGCCGGGCGUUGUUUCCUGUGUUUCCGUGGGUGGGUCGGAGACGGAGCGACUCAAACUCGCUGAGUCGCUUCAAAGUGAGACGCUCAAAAUCCUUGAGUGGCCUUCUGUAUGCGCGCAGCUCGCUGCCUUCACGUCCACCUCCAUGGGCGUCGCGGCAGCUCAAUCAGGUAAUGUUCGGCUGGGCAGAAGCCCGAGGGAGAGCCGCCGUCUUCUCGACCAGACUUCCGCCGCGGCGAUGAUCUCUCGGCCGUUGGACUUCUCUGGAAUCGAAGACGUGACUUCGAUUGUUGAUGCCUCCGUUUCUGGAGUAAUGCUUUCUAUCGGUGAGAUUUGUUCUGUCGGUAGGACCUUAAGAUCGGCUAGGUCGUUGGUGGAACAGAUGGAGGAAAGCUCUUCGCUGAGUAAUUCAUACGAUAGGUGUUUGCCGCUGCUUGAAAUUCUUCGGAAGUGCGAUUUUCUGAUGGAAUUGGAACAGAAAAUCGAAUUUUGUCUAGAUUGUAAUUUGUCAAUAGUCCUCGACCGAGCUAGUGAAGAUUUGGAAAUCAUAAGGUCAGAGAGGAAAACGAACAUGGAAAAUCUAGAAUCAAUGCUGAAGAUGACCGCCGGUCAGAUUUUUCAGGCCGGUGGAAUCGACAGGCCUCUGGUAACAAAACGUCGAUCAAGGAUGUGUGUGGCUGUUAGAACUACUCAUAAAUCAUUGCUUCCUAACGGGGUAGUGUUGGACACCAGCAGCUCUGGUGCAACAUACUUCAUGGAACCUCGAGAGGCAGUUAACUUGAACAAUCUUGAGGUGAGACUAUCAAAUGCAGAAAAGAUAGAGGAGCAAUGCAUUUUAAGUUUGCUUAGUUCUGAAAUUGCCGAAUCCAGUAGAAAGAUUUUACAUUUGUUAGAUAGAGUUUUGGAAGUUGAUCUUGCUUUCGCAAGAGCUGGUCAUGCUAGGUGGAUGAAUGGGGUCUGCCCCAUUUUAAGCCCUGGAGCAUCCGAGGAUACUGAAGUUGAUUCUUUAUUUGUGGAUGUGAAUGGUAUGCAGCACCCUUUGUUGCUGGAGUCUUCGCUUGGAGAAGCUAUGGAGAAACCAGACACUACAACAACUGCUUUCGAUUUUCCUGUUCCCGUUGACUUUAAAAUUGGAAAUGGAGUAAAGGUGGUGGUAAUCUCAGGGCCUAAUACAGGGGGUAAGACUGCUUCCAUGAAGACUCUAGGUUUGGCUUCGAUCAUGCUGAAAGCCGGAAUGUAUCUCGUGGCGCAGAAGGAGCCACGCCUUCCAUGGUUUGAUCUUGUUCUGGCUGAUAUUGGUGAUCAUCAGUCUCUAGAACAAAGCCUUUCAACCUUCAGUGGACACAUAUCGCGGAUUUGUAAAAUCCUGAAUGUGGCCUCUGAAAGAUCUCUUGUGCUUCUCGAUGAGAUUGGGAGUGGGACUGAUCCUUCCGAAGGUGUCGCUCUGUCGGCUAGCAUAUUGCAAUAUCUGAAGGAGAGAAUCAAUCUGGCGAUUGUGACAACCCACUAUGCAGAUUUGACCCGUUUAAAAGAGAAAGAUGCACGUUUUGAGAAUGCAGCAAUGGAGUUUUCACUGGAAACUUUACAACCGACAUACCGGAUUCUCUGGGGAAGCAUGGGUGAAUCAAAUGCAUUAAGUAUUGCCAAGAUAAUUGGAUUUGAUAGUACAAUAAUUGAUCGUGCACAUUCUUGGGUAAAAAAGCUUACACCAGAGAAAAUGCAGAAUCUUAAUAGUUUGUUAUAUCAGUCCCUUGCUGAAGAGAGAAACAAGCUAAAAGAUCACGCAGAUAGAGCUGCCUCUGUUUAUUCAGAUGUGAUGAAGCUUUAUCACGAGGUUCAGGAUGAGGCCGUCAAUCUUGAUGCUCGCGAAGCAGCUCUUAUGGCUCAGAAAUCCAAGCAGAUUCAAGACGAGCUGAACGCUGUGAAGGCUGAGAUUGAUGCCGCUGUUCAAGAGUUUGAGAAGCAGCUGAGGAUUACAAACCCCAAAGAGUACAAUGUGCUCUUGAAGAAAACAGAAUCUGCCAUAGCAUCUAUUGUCGAUGCUCAUCAGCCUUCUGAAGGCGAUUCUGUCAGCAGAAUUGCUAGUAGCUCUUAUACUCCCCAGAUUGGAGAACAAGUCAUUGUAAAGAGUUUAAGGAAUAAAUUGGCUACAGUAGUUGAAGCACCAUCCAAUGAUGGCAUGGUUCUUGUCCAAUAUGGGAAAGUCCGACUUCGGGUAAAUAUGAACAGUAUUGAUUCUCCUUCACACGGUACUUCAGUGUCACGCUCGACAAGACAGGGUCAACAGGUGAAGAGACUCAAGAAACUGAGGAACCUAGGAGAAGCCACAAAAAUGGAAGAGGAGGUUUCUUUUGGCCCGAAAGUGCAGACAUCGAAAAACACUGUGGACUUAAGGGGGAUGCGAGCCGAGCAAGCUAUUCUUCAUCUCAACAUUGAAAUCGAUUCCAGAGCGUCAAGUUCAGUUCUCUUCAUAAUACAUGGAAUGGGCACCGGUGUUUUGAAGGAGUGUGUCCUCGAAUUGCUAACAAACCAUCCCCGGAUUGCCAAGUUCGAAGAAGAAAGCCUGAUGAAUCACGGCUGCACAGUAGCAUACAUCAAGUGAAUACACUUCCUCAAGAUGUAAAAGAGAUCUCCAAGUCAUUGAUAAAGAAUUAAUUGAUAUGUAUGUAUCAAUUUAAUUUACAAGAAUAUUAUAUAUUAGCAGGUGGGCAUGGCAGCAUGGGCUUUCACCAAAUUUUGCUGCAGAUUUGUUUGUAUUCAUCCACCUGAACUCGACAGGUAAGUGUGUCCAUAUUCAUUCCUCGAACAGCGUACAAGGAUUAACUUCAG